AUGAGCGAUUUAAGUGAUUCUGAGAGCUUCACCAGCUCGUCAUACACUUCCUAUUCCGACAGUUUAACCUACUCGGACGGAAGUUUAACCGACUCUUCCGACUUCGACCUUCUUCUUGCCACUCCUCAAAGAACCAGCCAGAACCGGCCAGAAGCUCAAGCAAAAACAACGGAAGAAGAAAAGAUGAAGAACCAGUCGAGUGCGCUCGUCAAAACUUCGACUCUGGAGUAA